UUGGAGUAUCUAGUCUUCUCUUCACAUCUGUGGUCAGCCCUCGCUAAACAUUAGCUAGCUAACCUUGCACCCAUCAUCAGCCACAUAGUCCGACAAUGAGGGCUAUUAUCGAAUAUUAUAUGAGUUGUGUGCCUAUUUUGUAAACACGUAAGUAAACAUCAACGUGAUUAUGGUAUGUUAAAGGGCUGCCAAUUGGCUCAUAGCUUCAUAUUAGCGCUUGCUGACAUUAGCUAAACAUAAACAGCUAGGUAUUCCGUAUGAAUCUCAGUAAUAUGUGCUCAAUCGUGUCUACCUGUAUUUUUUUCGAGAUACUACGUUCACUCCAUUUUCGGUAGAUAUAAACUAAUUAACACACCCUUGAAGGACCCACUCCACUGGAAGUCUUGCUUGCUAAAUCCAUUUACACAUCAUAUAUUACAGCAUAUAAAUCGUCACUUUUUGACAGUUUUUGUAAAUGCAGAUCAGGCAAUCGAAAUGGUGGUCAUGUCAGGCACAGCCACUGUGCUGCAGCAGUUUGUCAGUGGGCUUAAGAGUCGAAAUGAAGACACCAGAGCGAAAUCUGCCAAGGAUCUGCAGCACUAUGUGACUACAGAGUUGAGAGAGUUAAGUCAAGAUGAAGCCACCACAUUUUAUGAUGAGUUAAAUCACCACAUAUUUGAGCUGGUCUCCAGCUCUGAUGUGAAUGAGAAGAAAGGAGGGAUUCUUGCAAUAGUCAGUCUGAUUGGAGUCGAGGGAGGCAACGCCACCAGGAUCAGCCGCUUCGCCAACUACCUCCGCAACCUGCUACCCUCCAGCGACCCAGUGGUGAUGGAGAUGGCUUCCAAAGCCAUGGGUCACCUGUCCAUGGCCGGGGACACCUUCACAGCGGAAUAUGUCGAGUUUGAGGUGAAGAGGGCUCUGGAGUGGCUGGGAGCAGACAGGAAUGAAGGCAGACGCCAUGCUGCAGUGUUGGUUCUGAGGGAACUGGCUGUGAGCGCACCAACCUUCUUCUUUCAACAAGUGCAGCCCUUUUUUGACAACAUCUUCUACGCCGUCUGGGACCCCAAGCAGGCCAUCCGAGAAGGUGCUGUGUCUGCACUGCGGGCCUGCCUCAUCCUCACCACACAGAGGGAGACGAAAGAAAUGCAGAAACCACAGUGGUACAAACAAACCUUUGACGAGGCUGAGAAGGGCUUUGACGAAACCUUGGCGAAGGAGAAAGGCAUGAAUCGGGACGACAGGUUCCACGGCGCUCUUCUCAUCCUGAAUGAGCUGGUUCGCAUCAGCAGCAUGGAAGGAGAGCGCAUGCGCGAGGAAAUGGAAGAGAUCACGCAGCAGCAGCUGGUGCACGAUAAGUACUGCAAGGAGCUCAUGGGCUUUGGAACAAAGCCCCGCCACAUCACCCCUUUCACCAGCUUUCAGUCAGUGCAGCCACAGCAGUCCAACGCUCUCCUGGGCCUGCUGGGAUACAGCACGCCCCAGGGCUUCCUCAGCUUCGGAGCGACACCGGUGCCCGCUAAGAGCUCCCUGGUGGAGAGCAGAUACUGCCGUGAGCUCAUGGAGGAGCGUUUUGAUCAGGUGUGUCGAUGGGUGCUAAAAUACAGAACCAGUAAAAAUCCUCUCAUCCAGAUGACCAUACUCAAUCUACUUCCACGGCUUGGUGCCUUCCAGCCACAUACUUUUACUGACCAAUACCUGUCAGACACAAUGGGCUACCUUCUGGGGAGCCUCAAGAAGGAGAAGGAGCGAACAGCAGCCUUCCAGGCUCUGGGCUUACUGGUGGUGGCAGUCCGAGCCGAAAUACAGCCGUAUCUUUCCAAGAUCCUGGAGAUUAUAAAGGCGGCUCUACCACCCAAGGACUUUGCUCACAAGAGGCAGAAGUCCAUACAGGUGGACGCCACUGUGUUCACAUGCAUCAGCAUGCUUUCUCGGGCUAUGGGUCCCAGCAUCCAACCAGACAUCAAGGAGCUGUUGGAGCCCAUGCUAGCCGUGGGCCUUAGCCCGGCGCUGACAGCGGUGCUGUACGAUCUGAGCCGUCAGAUCCCGCAGCUUAAAAAGGACAUACAGGAUGGGCUCCUGAAGAUGCUCUCCCUGGUUUUGAUGCAUAAGCCCUUGCGCCACCCUGGCAUGCCCAAGGGCUUGGCUCACCAGCUCGCAUCGCCAAGCCUCACCAACAUCCCAGAGGCCAGUGAUGUUGGCAGCAUCACACUGGCCCUGCGCACUCUGGGAAGCUUUGAGUUUGAAGGACACUCUCUCACCCAGUUUGUGCGACACUGCGCUGACCACUUCUUGAACAGCGAGCACAAGGAGAUCCGAAUGGAGGCAGCUCGCACCUGUUCCCGCCUCCUCACCCCCUCCAUACACCCCAUCAGCGGCCAUGUUGUGAGCCAGACAGCCGUGCAGGUUGUUGCAGAUGUGCUGAGUAAACUUCUAGUGGUUGGCAUCACUGACCCAGAUCCAGACAUCCGGUACUGUGUGCUGGCAUCUCUGGACGAGCGCUUUGAUGCCCACCUUGCCCAGGCGGAGAACCUGCAGGCACUCUUUGUGGCCCUGAAUGAUGAAGUGUUUGAGAUCAGAGAGUUGGCCAUCUGCACUAUCGGACGCCUCAGCAGCAUGAACCCGGCUUUCGUCAUGCCCUUCUUACGCAAGAUGCUCAUUCAGAUCCUGACUGAGCUUGAGCACAGUGGCGUUGGCAGAAACAAAGAGCAGAGCGCCCGUAUGCUCGGUCAUCUCGUGUCUAACGCCCCCCGCCUCAUACGGCCCUACAUGGAGCCCAUCCUCAAGGCUCUCAUCCUCAAGUUAAAAGACCCAGACCCAAACCCUGGAGUGGUUAUCAGUGUUUUAGCCACCAUCGGCGAGUUGGCGCAGGUGAGCGGUCUGGAGAUGAAGAAGUGGAUGGAUGAGCUUUUUCCCAUCAUCAUGGACAUGCUGCAGGACUCUUCCUCAUUAGCCAAGCGGCAGGUGGCAUUGUGGACUUUGGGUCAACAGGUGGCCAGCACUGGCUAUGUGGUCGACCCGUACAGAAAGUACCCUUCCCUUUUAGAGGUGCUGCUCAAUUUCCUCAAGACAGAGCAAAACCAGGGCAUCAGGAGAGAGGCCAUCCGUGUCCUAGGUCUGCUUGGAGCUCUGGACCCGUACAAGCACAAGGUGAAUAUUGGCAUGAUCGACCAGUCACGAGACGCCUCUGCAGUCAGCCUAUCUGAGUCCAAGUCCAGUCAGGAUUCAGCGGACUACAGCACCAGUGAGAUGCUGGUCAAUAUGGGCAACCUGCCCCUGGAUGAGUUUUACCCCGCCGUGGCAAUCGUUACUCUGAUGCGCAUCCUGAGAGAUCCAUCACUGUCAAACCACCACACCAUGGUGGUUCAGGCCGUCACCUUCAUCUUCAAGUCCCUGGGCCUCAAGUGCGUCCAGUUCCUACCACAGGUCAUGCCCACUUUUCUCAAUGUGAUCCGUGUCUGUGAUGCCAGUAUCCGCGAGUUCCUCUUUCAGCAGAUGGGAAUGGUCGUAUGCUUUGUAAAGAUCCACAUCCGUCCCUACAUGGAUGACAUAUUCACCCUCAUCAGAGAGUACUGGACACCUAACAAUCCCAUGCAGAACACAAUCAUCCUUCUGAUCGAACAGAUUGUCGUGGCGCUGGGCGGAGAGUUUAAACUUUACCUGCCUCAGCUCAUCCCGCACAUGUUGCGUGUCUUCAUGCAUGACAACAGCACUGGGCGCAGUGUUACCAUUAAGCUGCUAAAUGCCAUCCAGCUGUUUGGUGCCAACCUCGACGACUAUCUCCACCUGUUGCUGCCUCCCAUUGUCAAGCUGUUUGAUGCACCCGAUGUGCCCCUGCAGGCCCGCAAGGUUGCCUUGGAGACUCUGGACAGGCUGACAGAAUCCCUGGACUUCACCGACUACGCUUCUCGCAUUAUCCACCCCAUCGUCCGGACGCUUGACAGUACGCCGGAAUUGCGCUCCACCUCCAUGGACACCCUGUCCUCACUCGUGUUCCAGUUGGGCAAGAAGUACCAGAUCUUCAUCCCCAUGGUCAAUAAAGUGAUGUUGAAGCACCGGAUCAACCACCAACGCUAUGACAUACUCAUAUGUCGCAUUGUUAAGGGCUAUACUCUGGCAGAGGAGGAAGAGAACCCUCUAAUCUUUCAGCACCGCCAUCUCCGUGGUAACCAAGGAGAUACCCUGGUCAGCGGACCAGUGGAGGCAGGACCAAUGAAGAAACUUCACGUCAGCACAACAGCUCUUCAGAAGGCCUGGGGCGCCGCUCGAAAGGUUUCCAAAGACGACUGGCUGGAGUGGUUGAGACGCUUAAGUGUCGUCCUCCUGAAGGAGUCUUCCUCCCCUGCGCUGCGAUCGUGUUGGUCGUUGGCUCAAACCUACAUCCCAUUGGCCAGGGACCUUUUCAACGCGGCUUUCCUAUCCUGUUGGUCCGAGCUAAGUGAAGACCAGCAGGAUGAGCUGAUCCGCAGCAUUGAGUUAGCACUCACAUCGCAGGACAUUGCAGAGGUCACACAGACCCUACUCAACCUGGCAGAGUUCAUGGAGCACAGUGACAAGGGCCCUCUGCCAUUGAGAGAUGACAAUGGCAUCGUCCUGCUUGGUGAGAGAGCUGCCAAAUGCCGCGCCUAUGCCAAGGCUUUGCAUUAUAAAGAGCUGGAGUUUCAAAAAGGUCCAUCGCCCCUCAUCCUCGAGUCUCUUAUCAGUAUCAACAAUAAACUGCAGCAGCCAGAAGCUGCAUCGGGUGUGUUGGAGUAUGCCAUGAAACAUUUUGGUGAGCUGGAAAUCCAAGCCACCUGGUAUGAGAAGCUCCAUGAGUGGGAAGAUGCUCUGGUGGCAUAUGACAAGAAGAUCGACAUGAACAAAGAGGAUCCAGAACUCAUCUUGGGCAGAAUGCGCUGCUUAGAGGCCCUGGGAGAAUGGGGCCAGUUGCACCAGCAGUGCUGUGAGGAGUGGACUCUCGUAAGUGAAGAAACCCAGGCCAAGAUGGCUCGUAUGGCUGCUGCGGCCGCUUGGGGACUAGGGCACUGGGACAGCAUGGAGGAAUACACGUGCAUGAUCCCAAGAGACACACAUGAUGGUGCCUUCUACAGGGCAGUGCUAGCCCUGCAUCAGGACCUGUUCUCAUUGGCCCAGCAGUGCAUUGACAAAGCAAGAGACCUCCUUGAUGCUGAACUGACAGCCAUGGCUGGGGAGAGCUACAGUCGAGCCUAUGGGGCAAUGGUGUCAUGCCAGAUGCUGUCAGAGCUGGAGGAAGUGAUCCAGUACAAGCUUGUGCCCGAGAGGAGGGACAUCAUUAGGGAAACAUGGUGGGAGAGGCUUCAGGGUUGUCAGCGUAUCGUGGAGGACUGGCAAAAGAUCCUGAUGGUCAGGUCACUGGUGAUCAGCCCCCAUGAGGAUAUGAGGACGUGGUUAAAAUACGCCAGCCUCUGUGGCAAAAGUGGACGUCUGGCUUUGGCCCAUAAGACCCUGGUGCUCCUUCUGGGUGUUGACCCGUCUAAGCAACUUGAUCACCCACUGCCCACAGCCCACCCGCAUGUCACCUAUGCAUAUAUGAAGUACAUGUGGAAGAGUGCCCGCAAGAUUGAUGCCUUCCAGCACAUGCAGCACUUUGUGCAAGGGAUGCAGCAACAAGCCCAGCAUGCAAUUGCAGCUGAAGACCAAAAACACAAACAGGAGCUCCACAAACUGAUGGCAAGAUGCUUCCUGAAGCUGGGAGAGUGGCAGCUUAGUCUGCAGGGCAUCAAUGAGAGCACCAUCCCCAAGGUCCUGCAGUAUUACAGCCAUUCCACCGAGCAUGACCGCAACUGGUACAAGGCCUGGCACGCUUGGGCGGUAAUGAAUUUCGAGGCAGUGCUGCACUACAAACACCAGAACCAGGCUCGAGAUGAGAAGAAGAAGUUGCGGCACGCCAGCGGUGCCAGCGCCAACAGUGAGGCCAGCAACAGCGACAGUGAGGUUGACAGUAACGAGCACAGUCCUGUUCCCUCGCCAGGACAAAGAAAGGUUAAUGAGACAUUGCUUCUGUACACGGUUCCUGCUGUCCAAGGGUUCUUCCGCUCCAUUUCUUUGUCCAGAGGAAACAACCUGCAGGACACACUCAGGGUUCUCACUCUGUGGUUUGACUAUGGCCAUUGGCCUGAAGUGAAUGAGGCCCUCGUGGAGGGCAUCAAGACCAUCCAGAUCGAUACCUGGCUGCAGGUGAUCCCACAACUCAUCGCUCGAAUUGACACCCCUCGUCCUCUGGUGGGUCGCCUCAUCCAUCAGCUGCUAACAGACAUUGGGCGGUAUCAUCCACAAGCAUUGAUCUACCCACUAACUGUGGCCUCGAAGUCGACCACCACCGCUCGCCACAAUGCUGCAAACAAAAUCCUGAAGAACAUGUGUGAACACUGCAACACUCUGGUUCAGCAAGCCAUCAUGGUUAGUGAGGAGCUGAUCCGAGUUGCCAUCUUGUGGCACGAGAUGUGGCACGAGGGCCUCGAGGAGGCUUCACGUCUGUACUUUGGGGAGCGCAACGUGAAGGGCAUGUUUGCUGUGCUGGAACCUUUACACGCCAUGAUGGAGAGAGGGCCGCAGACCCUGAAAGAGACCUCUUUUAAUCAGGCUUAUGGCAGAGAUCUGAUGGAGGCUCAGGAUUGGUGCAGGAAGUACAUGCGCUCUGGAAAUGUGAAGGACUUGACCCAGGCCUGGGACCUUUACUAUCAUGUGUUCAGACGCAUCUCCAAACAACUGCCGCAGCUAACUUCUCUGGAGCUGCAGUAUGUUUCUCCAAAAUUGCUGAUGUGCCGCGACCUGGAACUGGCCGUCCCGGGCACCUACGACCCCAACCAGCCCAUCAUUCGCAUCCAGUCCAUCGCGCCCUCCCUGCAGGUCAUCACAUCCAAGCAGCGCCCACGCAAACUCACCAUUAUGGGCAGCAACGGCCACGAGUUCAUGUUCUUGUUGAAGGGCCACGAGGACCUCAGGCAGGACGAGAGAGUCAUGCAGCUAUUUGGUCUGGUCAACACACUGCUGGCAAACGACCCCGCAUCGUUGCGCAAGAACCUCAGCAUCCAGCGCUACGCAGUGAUCCCCUUGUCUACAAACUCGGGCCUGAUUGGCUGGGUUCCUCACUGUGACACCCUGCAUGCCCUCAUUAGAGACUACAGAGAAAAGAAAAAGAUACUACUGAACAUUGAACAUCGCAUCAUGCUAAGGAUGGCGCCAGACUAUGACCACCUGACAUUGAUGGAGAAAGUGGAGGUGUUUGAGCACGCUGUCAACAACACGGCCGGAGAUGACCUGGCGAAGCUCUUGUGGCUCAAGAGCCCCAGUUCGGAGGUGUGGUUUGACAGGAGGACGAACUAUACUCGCUCUCUGGCUGUGAUGUCAAUGGUCGGCUACAUCCUGGGACUGGGUGACAGGCAUCCUUCUAACUUGAUGUUGGAUCGGUUAAGUGGAAAGAUCCUCCAUAUUGACUUUGGAGAUUGUUUUGAGGUUGCCAUGACGAGAGAAAAGUUCCCUGAAAAGAUCCCCUUCAGACUGACGAGGAUGCUGACCAAUGCCAUGGAGGUGACAGGCUUGGAUGGCAACUACCGCAUCACGUGCCACACGGUGAUGGAAGUGCUGAGGGAGCACAGAGACAGCGUCAUGGCUGUGCUGGAGGCCUUCGUCUAUGACCCGCUGCUCAACUGGAGACUCAUGGACAAAGCCCUUGAGGGAAUAGAAAUGGGUGAGACCACGCACAAGAAACCAGGGACCACAGUGCCUGAAUCCAUUCACUCUUUCAUCGGAGAUGGCUUGGUGCAACCUGAAGCCCUCAACAAGAAAGCCAUUCAAAUUAUCAACAGAGUGCGAGAUAAACUUACAGGUCGAGACUUCUCUCAUGACGAGACACUGGAUGUGCCAACACAAGUCGAGCUGCUGAUAAAGCAGGCCACGUCCCAUGAAAACCUGUGCCAGUGUUACAUUGGAUGGUGUCCCUUUUGGUGAAGAACCAUUUUGGAAGCCUUUGUUACACUCUGCAUUCUUUCUUAAUGUUAAAUCAUGAAGACACUUUCUCACAAACUCGAUUCACAGAUUUAUUCCCUGGAUGAAAAUGUACAGUCGUACCGCAAAGCUUGACCACAGCUCCUUCCUAAUUUCUACAUUAGAAGUCAUUUGUAUUGUUUAUUGAUGAUUGAUUAUGUAAUAUUCUAGUGUCUCGAGAUAAUGAAUUUGAGCUUUCCAUUUGCUGUAAACUAUAAUCAUCAAAAUUAUACAUAUAUAUUUAAAAGAAUUAUGAAAUAUUUCAGUCUGAGUGUGUGUAGUGCAUCUCUACAAUGUGAGUUUCACUUUCUGAAAUGAACUCCAACUAAAUUAAGCUUUUGACACGAUUCUAAUUGCUUGAGAUGCACCUGGUUGUCAUUCUAACAACUUUUGUUCGAAUGACAACCAGUGGGCUGGAUGUCGCUGGUGCCUUUCCACUUCCUGUUUGGCUCGUCUCCACUUCCGCCUCGUCCCAUUGCAUUAUGACAUGCUGAAUUUGUCAAUGCACUUGACAAUGAAAUGUAGCAGUGAGACACAUGACAACAAAAAACACAAACACCCCCACAUCUCCAGCUUUGCCGAACAUUAUUAGUACAUUAUUUUCAAAAGCGCUGUUCGCUAACGCUAAUCUUUGCCAACUCUGCAGCUCCUUUUAUCUUAGACGCCGUAGUGCUUCGGCCACUGCUUUAAAGUGCUUCUUUGGCUCUGGAACCUCACCCAGCCUAGCUGCCCAGUCAUUGGCUGAGAAACUGUGUUGGGGUGGUUAUUAUGUAAAUCUGCCCCACUUCUACAUUACAAUGGCGGAGUGCAGAACGGCUCGCUCAAGUUUUACAUGGUUGUUUGAUUUCACACUAAAUAUGUGGGCAAGCACUCCAGAGAUCCGACUACAGUAGAAGUUCAAAAGGACAUUAAGAUGUACAUUUUCCAUUUGUAUUUCAUAGGUGACAUUUAACAGGUAGACCACUUUUUUUUUUAAAAACACAAUUAGCAUAUGGCAGCUAGCCAUGUUGAUCAUACUCCAAAUUUUUUUUUACACAGUGCAGCUUUUGCUGUUUGAGUCCCCCCCAACCACCACCCACAACCAAGCCCCCCAUCCCUCCUUUGUGGAGCAUUGUAAUAUUUUUCGGUGAUGCGUUUUUGGGAAAAGCGACUUCCAAGCUCUGUUUUUACCUAAUUAUCCUAAUUUCAGUCGACUGCCCUGUGCGCCCACAGCAACAACAAAACCCCAUGCUAAGAGCUUUCUACUAUGGCCAUGUCGGCACAAUUUGACUUUGCACGCUGGAUGCUUCUUAGACACCCGGCUCUCUGGUAAUGUCGUACUGUAUUACUGUGACGUUUCAGUAACAUGGUAAGCCUUUUACUAACUUAAACUCAACGUGUAAUCCAUGACAUGGUAUGAAUGAAGUUUGAAAUCAUGAUGACACACUGUACAGGCAUUGUGUGCCAUUAAAGGUGCACAGCCACA